AUCUCCUGUGGCUUUGCUGAUCUUUGAGGUGCCCUAUUCUCUCUCUCGUUACCCUUUUGUCCUUGAUAUAUUCAUAAUUUAAUGGGAACACCUUUCCCUUUAUCUGCCUUAUCGAAAGUUACCAUAAAAUCAAAACCUCCUCUCUGGGAUCCUCCCAUCCUUCACAAUAUGUGGUGAUCUCUGGUUUGCACCGAUGCACUUUCUUCCUGUCGGUAAUGUCUUCACACAUUGACUGUUGCAUGGUGACAUCACCCAUUUGCUGGGGGUUUUCCUCAACUCUUCAGCUUUUUCUCUGACUCCAGUGUUUCUGUUAUCUUUACAGCUGCGAGUCCCAGCAGGAGAGUUUACAUUAAAACAGUGAGAUUGUUUCAGAGGCUGUUCGAUGGAGACGUUUAGCAGCCAGGCACAGGAAGCCAAACAAACAAAGCUGGGUCUGACAGAGUCACCCCACUGGUCAUGACUUUGGAGUUUGGGCAUGGAAGGGGAGAAACUGUACACGUGCUGUGUUUGCGGACACAGCUUCAGCCAGUCAUCUGGGCUGUCAGAACAUAAAUGCAGUCGGAAUGGAGAGAUGUACGGGGAAUGUGGGAGAGGAUUCGGAUCCCUGGCUGAGCUGGAAACGCCUCAGCACAGUCAUGCCGAGGAGAGGCCGUUCGUUUGCUCAGACUGUGGGAAGCGAUUCACUCAGUCGUCAGACCUUCUGAAACACCAGCGAAUUCACACUGGGGAGAGACCAUUCACCUGCUCCACGUGUGGCAAGGGAUUCACAGAGUCCUCCACCCUGCUGAGGCACCGGCGGGUCCACACCGGCGAGAGACCUUUUAAGUGCCCAGACUGUGGGAAGUGCUUUAAAUGUUCUGGGGACUUGAUGCGCCAUCAACGUAUUCACUCUGACGAGAGGCCAUUCAGGUGCUCUCACUGUGGGAACGAGUUCAGGCAGUUAUCUGGCCUCACGAAACACCAACGGGUUCACACCGGGGAGAGGCCAUUCACCUGCUCAGUGUGUGGGAGGGCAUUCACUCAGUCAUCCACUCUGUUGAUACACCAGCGCAUUCACACUGGGGAGGGACUGUUCACUUGCUCCGAGUGUGGUAAGAAAUUCACUUGUUCGACCGCCCUGCUGAGACACCAACGGGUCCAUGAGGAACCACAGUGAUGGACUUUCCUAUGAGUCAGAUCCAGGACUGAACUGUUUACACUGGUGUCUGUGUCUACAGUUGUUAUUAAACACCACCUCAGUUGUAGGUAUUAAUAUUUUUGCAUAAACAUUCAUUACUUCAGUUUUGUGCUCAUCACAAUGUGUUGUACCUUUUCGACUCCUCAAACAC